UACCCACGAGGUGGUCGCGUACGACCAUCAUGUAUCAGGGGCUGCUAAUAGUACAUGACAAGGACCCACUUCAAGUUCCUUGACAUCCCACUCCAACCUUCAUUUCUCUUUUCGUUUCCAUUCUAUGUUUUCUUUCCUUUUUAUACGCAAGGCAUGGUCGCUUGAAGCCUCACCUUCCUUCCAUCUUCACCUUCUGGUUCAAUAUGUUCACCCGCUUGACUCUUUUUGCGUCCUUCGCUGCUCUGUUAGCGCCCCAAGUUCUUGCUCAUCCUGUGUUUUCACAACGCGAGGUCAUUGCACGCUCUCCGGCUCCUCUGGAUCUCGUCAGUGCAUACACUGCUGAUGUGUCCAAGAGAGAAAUCAUAUCCCCCGAGAUCCCGGCCAGGAGCAUCGAUGGUAUCAUAACUCCAUACAACAAACGACAAAUCCCAGUGGAAGACCCAGUCAACAGUGCUGGAGGGUCCGACACCAUCCCUUACCCUAGGCAGGACAUCCCAGCGGAGGUGCCAGUCAGAGGUGCUGGGGGAUCCGUCAUUCCUUACCCCAAGCGAGAUGUUCCUGUCGAAGGCCCCGUCGACAACCCUGAUGGGACCACCAUUCCCUACGACAAACGACAAAUCCCAGAGGAGCAGCCAGUUAAAAGUCCUGGGGGGUCCGUCAUUCCUUAUCCUGGACCUAAGCGAGACGGAAAGAUCGAGCUUUAUUAAGUGGUACAUCUCCCUCCCCAUGGCUACCUCCGAAUUCUGAUAGUAAAAUUAGUGGUGCAUGUAUAAUUGUGUUACAAGUCAACGGAGGUGCACUGGCGGCACGAGAUUUUCUUUUUUGUAUAUAUAUAAGAGCGCAAGUGAUUCCUGAGCACAUCACAGUGCUUACUUCCUCUGGCACCUACUCCUUCUUCCUCCUUCCAGGCCAUCACUGUUCUGACACCGUCUUGUCGUCUGGGUCAGUGUUCAAGAGCGAAUUGCGACGACGAUAGGGGUCAAGUUUCUUGGAUCAAGAUGCAAGAUUACUAAGCUAUGACAUUCAUAUUUCAUCAUAUCAUGUGAAGACCUUGGC